UAUUAUUCUUGACCGCUUACUGUGAUUCACGGACACAGUGUUCCUCUCCGUCCAUAUCAUGAGCUGCUUCAGGAUGAACGCUUUUUAUGUGACAGUGUCCAUUCCGCUCCUGUUGGUUCUCGCUGGAUUUAAUCACGCUCAUGGGUUAACCACUUUUGGAAAAUCGACGCCAAAUAAUCAACCACCCAAUAACUUUGCCAAAGCGAAGCAAUGUACUGUCCAAACGAAUUGCAGCUUCAUCAAAAGCACCACGUGCCUGAAAGGGAUGUGCUUGUGUGGCGACAACCAUGCACCCAACAAUGGGGAAUGUGCGGUUACUUUAUUAGGUCCAAACCACAUCUGUACUAAAAACGAUGACUGCGUGGACAAUGCAGACUGCAUCGCCCUCAGAGAGGUGAAAAAUGUCAAAGAAAUUUCGCAUCUGUACCAAACUCCCGACAUCAGUAUCUGCAGAUGCCAAGAGGGUUACACCGAAACUGGAGCCACUUGCGGAGGAGGAACUAAUCUGGGCACUAUCACCAUUCUGAUCUCAGCCCUACUUGUAUACCCACUGUUUUAUUAAUUUUUUUGGAGGAUGUUGGCUGUUUUUUUCUUUAGCUAUAGGAAGCACAUUAACUGUUGUGUCCGUUAAACUAUGUCUUUAUUUGUCUUACUUUUGGUUUAAGUCACCCAUCAAUUUUGUAAUUGAUAAAAAUUAAAUAAUGUUAGCUUUAGGAAUACAUAUUUUUAUGCGGUAGAACCCUAGUUAACCAAGUUGAGCUAUGAGUUAUCAAAAUCUUCUAUAGUUUUUUAUGAACUUGAGGUAGUUUGUCAUAAAUUGUAAAUGUCAAGUAAUUUUUAGAAUCCAGAGCAGACAACCAAACUUCUAAUUCAAAAGACACGCUGUGAAAAUAUGCAUAUAUUAUUGUAUUAAAAUCAACUUCACUAAAUUGUCGAAAAAGACUUUUCAUUGAAUCAUCUAUCAAGUCAAUUUUUGUUUGGAUUGGAUUAAGUGCCUUCCCUAGAUGUUCAAAUUAGUAAUUAUUCCAGUUAGAGGUUCUACUGUGGAAAAAAAGAUUUAAUCACACCACUAAUAAGUAGGUACAUAGAAUUAGUGUUUCUUUUUUGAGAAAUUAUUUUUAUUAUUCACGAUAUCUGCAAUGUAUAACUGAUUUCCAUAAUACAGGAUCUUUUAGCAAUAGUGCUACAAACUUCGAGGGAAAAUAAGAAAAAAAAAAGAUUACAUGAACAUUGGUCCGGAAACUUUCCUUUCCAAAAUGUUGGAGGCAAAAAUUUAAAAAAAAAAAAUAAAAUCGUUUUUCCCCAUUAUUUUUAAGAUAUACUGGGUGACCAAGAGAUUCAACUGAACGUCAUAGUGAAACUUAACCCAAUAUUUAACCGAAUGUUCAUAUUCUACAUAUUCUAUAAAACAAUAGUUUUGUAUACAUUUUCCUAUACCAGUCAAUAUUCGAUUUGACAUAUCACAAAUACAUUUAAAAAAGUGUAUUCUUACUUGCUGGCUACCAGGUGCUCCUGCACGUUGAUUUUGGGGUUUCUUCUGACCAUAGGGACUCGGUAUACUUGAUAAGCACCUGGAACAAAAAUUUUGCUGUAUAUUUUGUUACAAAAUAUACAGUUCAAUACGAAAUUUAACGUGCAAAAAGUAAGUAGGCUCUAUACUAACGAAACAUAUCGAAAAACCAAUUUCUAGCUGCCCAAAUCAAGUUUGAAUGAUGACAAGAGGUAGUUAAUUUCAAAGUGUAUAUAAGCGACUGAGUUUUUCCGUAUAUUGCAUGCUCUUCUUGUGGAUUUCUACUCCAUUAUUCCUUAUGAGCUUUACUAUUGUUCAUCUUCUUUACAGUAUUUUGGAUUUCAUCCAUGGAGAGAGAUAUCAGGAAUAUCUUGUUGAUUUCGGAAUUUUACUUGACAAUACCUAUUUCAUUAGAUCGGCUGUCCGUUGAUUUCUAUAUAAAAUUUCAUAAAAUUUUUCCACUAUGUACUUGAAUUAACAUGCCCCUAUUCCGGUUUCCUCAUAAAUGAGGAAAAUGGUUUAUAUUUGUUACAUUCCUCAUUCUUGUUUGACCUUAUUGGGAAUUUCUCCAAUAUCUCAAAAGCAAUAAUUUUCUGGAAACGUAUGUUCAUGGGCUUUAUUUUUAUUUUGUUUUUAAUGAGCUAUAUCUACCCUCAAAGUUUGCAACAUUAUUUCAGAAACACCCUGUAUCAUUUUAAAGAUGUAGGUACCUUUACUAUUUCUCAACAAAAUAUAUUGUUUUCAUUAUACAAGAUGUCCGGAAUAACUUGAAGAUACAAGGUGGACCAAAUGGGCAAAAAGUUACGUAAUCAAUCAAGUGUUUACAAAUAAUCUGUCAUCAGCUUCUUCGAAUUUGGAAUAACAACGGACAUACAGGACAGAUUAUUAUGCGCAUGUUUUUCCCCAUUUGGUCCACCCUGUAUUUUCAAUGGUUUCCGAAAUCCCAAUGUGUGGUGACUUCAACUGAAACGCAUUUAGCAUUUUAGAUCAAAAUAAUCGAUUUUUACAUCACUAGAGGGAAGAGAGUACCUACCUAGAUUUAUUCUAGUUAAGAACACCACACUUUGUAUCGUAUGUUAGUAAGGUAUAUAAAAAUAUUUGCUAUAUGUUAAUAAAUAUUAUGUCAGUGUAUACUUUAACAUGUACAUUUUUUAGGCCGUUAUAGCUGCGUUAGAGAUUUUUGGUCAUUAGUUUAAUUCAACAAAAGUAAGGAAUAUUUCAUGAAAAAGUUACUGACUUUGUUGUUUGUAAGCACUUACGUAGAUAAUAUUUGGUACCAGCCUCACAGUAUGAAGUAGCAGUAGACACGAUUCACCUAAACCGUCAUCGCUUUUUAUAAUUAAUUGCUUCAGGUUCAAGAUAUUCUCAUGUUAAAAUAUGCCAAUAAAAAAAAAAAAAAAAUUGAGUGAUAGUACUUCUUAUCGGACUGGCCAUGCUAUAUAACGUUUGGCUAUAGGUAUGGGUUAAUAAGUGUGUGGUGGUCCAUAUCUCCUAUACUAACUAGAAGUUAUAUUUUUUUAAAAUAACUGCCUUUGUAUAUCUUCACAUUUCAAGAAAAAAAAUUAAUUUCCAAAGCUUAUAGAGAACUUAUAAUAUGUUACGUAAUCUCCCUUAUCACUUGAAAUUACAGUAGAAAUUCGGAGAUUUAAAAAUAUACAGGGGAAAUCGUUUCAGAAAAUAAAACUUUGGGUCACCACUAAUUAUUGGGCCACCCUGUAUAUUGAAAAGUAAUUCAAGAACGUGUGACUCAGUACUCAUGUUUCGAUCUUCAUCAGUAUAACAGAUAUGGACCACUGCGCCCUUAAUGACUCAUCCGGUAUACAUCACCACACUGUAAUAGUUUCUUAUUUAGCACUUACCUGAUUAUAAUUUAUAUUUGUAUAUUAUAUUAUAAAAAUAAAGAUAUUUAUUAUUAUAAACUAA